GCUCAUCGUUGCCGGGCAACGCGCGGCGCUGACUGCUGGCUAAGCUGGCCGUGGGUAUCUCCCGGCCAGGCGCCGGGAGGCACGUCACGGCGGCGAAGGAGGGUGAGCGCUUUGCGGGCCUGUGUGAGCCCAGGACCACCCGCCGUCUGCGCCUCGGACCUGGUCCUGGAGCCCGCAAGACUCCCGCCUGGGACGCGAUCCCCGAGCUCCCUGCCCUCAGCCAGCGGCCUCGCAGACCCGGUUCUGAGGCCCAUCCACCAGGACGUGCGUCUGUCCCCCCCUCCCCCCCCGGGCUUCCUUCGCCUCACUUGAUUGGCCCUAAGACACGCCCCCGUGCUGGACUGGUCACCCUCUCGUGCCAGGAAGGGGUCGACUCCACAGAGGCACGUGAACACUCCCAGGAAGCCCUGGGCAACUCCAUCUCAGCAGCUGCAUGUCUUCUGAGCAGCCUUCCUUCGGAUCGGCUGGCCUGGCCACACCAAGAUGCAAGGUGGGCAGGAUGUGGGGAGAGGGUCAGUGAGUGACCUCGCAGGAGAACCUGGAGAUGGGUCCCUCCGCCAGACAGCUAGAGGACAGAGUGGUGGCGGUUUGGAACGGAGGAGGAUCUGCUGCGACGGUCCCCUGAUUCUGCCUGACGCGAAAGCUGGCAGCUCCAGGCUGGAAAAGGGUCUUCCCACCUGCACACUCAACUGUCCGCACCCGGGGGAGCUCAGCAGCGGGUGGGGCGAGUUCAAAGGCUUCCAGGAGUCUUCAGCUAAGCCUGAGCAUUUUUCUCAGUCUUUUGAACUCCUAGGGAGAGCUGCGGAACUUCAGCCGCUGAGAACCCCUUCCAUCCCAAAAGAGCAUGGUUCUUGCCAGGUGCAUGGACCCUGGGUAACAGGAACUGCUGCUGACCCAUCUUCAGAGUCCUUUCUCAGCUAUGAGAAGGUUUUCAGGUUUGCGUUUCAAGAAGUCCCGGUGGAACAGGCAACUGAAGACGUUUGCUCAUUAGAACAUUUCUUAGAAAUAAGCAGUGAAGGAAAUGCUGGCCUUGCAUCUGUGCCUACACUGUGGUCUGAAUCUAGGAACCUCUGGAGAGUCCUUCAGAACAUUGACACUGUGUCUGCUUCACCGUGUCUCUGGAGUGAAUCUCACUGUUGGGAAAACCUCUUUCCUGUCCUUGGCAUAGAUACUGCUCAGAAGAGUGUUUCUGGAGGCCAGGGUCAAGUUCUGCAAAGUUCUGAGCUCAGAAAGCCUGAAGAGCUGCUGGCAGUCAGCAGUUUCCGCCUACACCACUGCAAAGCCCUGAUCCAGACCAAGCUCUCAGGGACAUCUGGCAGCAGGCAGGGCAGCCUGAUCACCUACAGCCUCUUUCUGAAGACGCCACUACAAGGAAACAGGCACUACAUUACCACCCCACAAAAAAUCUUUACUCCACGCAACCUGAAGAUGGCAUUCUUGAAUAAUGGUGUUUGCUAAAAGUAGGAGUACUUUGUACCUCUGAGAUAUUUUACAUUUUCUUACUGGUUUGUUUUGGUACUGGAAUCUGAGAAUUCUGUGCACCAUUUCCCAGAUCCAUGUUAGUUUCCUAGGACCGCUGUCAACCCAUACCUUGUCCAAUCAGAUCUGAUGGGUGCACAGAGAGAAUGUCCUUGGGCAGAGCCAGUCUCCAUGGAGUUGCUGGGGACACUGUAUGCUGGCACCCAAUGCCUGGUGAGCUCUACCUCGCUCACAGUUGGACCCAUGAGUUCAGAAGUCAGGAGAUAGCAACUGAUCGCCUGCAAGAACCUGUCCUGGCUCCCCUCAUGCUCUUCCUGAGCUGUUAUAUGUAUCUCUGUGUUGGACCCUGCCCAGCAGCCUUGGGGACAAGCUUUACUGUGAGUAUAAGCAUAGAGGAAGGAGAGCACCUACUGGGUGUCCCAGGACAGCUGGCUGAAGCUCCCUUGGUCAUCGGCUGAGACAACUAUUUUCUUCCAGGAGCAUACACAAGCAGGCUGUGCCGAAUUUUGUAAACUUUUAUUAAAAAGAAAGGACUGUGUAAA